UUGUCAAGCUUUGUUCUUUGUAACUGCUGUUUGGGCUUUCCUUUUCCACAUUCAACAUGCUGGUGCAAAAGCUAAAUUGGAUCACUUUGUUGCUGUUUCUGUGUCAUAAUGGAGCUGAAGCAAAUAAAAAAGCAAUGGCUUGUGAAGGAGAAUCUGUGCAUCUCAAAUGUGAUGUGGGAUUCAUAAAGGUUGUUAAAGCCAACUAUGGGCGAACUGAUUGCGCAACAUGCGCUAGUGGGAAACCAGCUAGUCAGCUCUCAAAUCAUCAAUGCAGCUCAGAAGCGUCCCUCUCAAUAAUGUCCGCUCGGUGUGAUGGAAGAGAGUGCUGUACUGUUCCUGCAGGGAACUCUGUUUUCUCUGAUCCUUGUUUUGGGACUUAUAAAUAUCUGGAUGUAUCUUAUGACUGUAUCCCUGCAAAAAGAAGUGUAACGUGUGAAAAUAGUGAAAGCGUCAUUAACUGUGGUAAAGGGGUUAUUCAUGUUCAUCAUGCCAAUUAUGGACGGCGGGAUCUUGUCACCUGCCCUCAUGAAUUCGCAACCAGAUCCGACUGUUACUCUCCUCAGACCAGCAGCCUGCGUUCCAGGUGUGACGGGAAGAAGUCUUGUCAACUAAGUGCUUCAAAUUCUGUCUUCUCUGAUCCAUGUGUUGGUGUUUUUAAGUAUCUGGAAGUGACAUACAGUUGUGAAACAUGUGCUCAUUGUGUUGAUUACUUUCAGUUGCUGUUUGGGCUUUCCUUCUUUUCCACAAUCAACAUGUUGGUGGAAGAGAUAACCUGCAUCACGUUGUUGCUGUUUCUGUGUCAUAAUGGAGCUGAAGCAAAUAAAAAAGCAAUGGCUUGUGAAGGAGAAUCUGUGCAUCUCAAAUGUGAUGUGGGAUUCAUUAAGGUUGUUAAAGCCAACUAUGGGCGAACUGAUUGCGCAACAUGCGCUAGUGGGAAACCAGCUAGUCAGCUCUCAAAUCAUCAAUGCAGCUCAGAAGCGUCCCUCUCAAUAAUGUCCGCUCGGUGUGAUGGAAGAGAGUGCUGUACUGUUCCUGCAGGGAACUCUGUUUUCUCUGAUCCUUGUUUUGGGACUUAUAAAUAUCUGGACGUAUCUUAUGACUGUAACCCUGCAAAAAGAAGUGUAACGUGUGAAAAUAGUGAAAGCGUCAUUAACUGUGGUAAAGGGGUUAUUCAUGUUCAUCAUGCCAAUUAUGGACGGCGGGAUCUUGUCACCUGCCCUCAUGAAUUCGCAACCAGAGCCGACUGUUACUCUCCUCAGACCAGCAGCCUGCGUUCCAGGUGUGAUGGGAAGAAGUCUUGUCAACUAAGUGCUUCAAAUUCUGUCUUCUCUGAUCCAUGUGUUGGUGUUUUUAAGUAUCUGGAAGUGACAUACAGUUGUGAAACAUGUGAUUGACCAUA